AUGACAGAAUUCCCCCCAGCCAGCCUCAAACCGCUCAUUCUAGAGAUCUUCAGCCUCUUAAGAGUCCGGAAUGAAAGCGUUUCUGUUGCUGAGACCGCUGCAGGUGGUCUCAUCUCCGCGUUACUCCUCUCCACUCCCGGCGCAUCAGCCAUAUAUAAAGGUGGACUUGUUGUCUAUACCUUAGAAUCCCGCCUUGCGUUUGCAGGCUGGACACCAGCAGAACUAGAAACCUACGCCGGACCCACGACGGAGAUUGUCGCUAAUAUGGCUGAUCAUACCCGGUGCACCCUAAACUCGACUUACGCAGUGUGUGAAAGCGGCACAGCUGGGCCGACGGGCGGGACGGAGAGAAAUCGGACUCCUGGCUACGUAGCUGUGGCUGUAUCGACCGCACAGGGAAAUUAUACACGAGAGAUCGAGACGGGAAGUAACGAUCGAUCAGAGAAUAUGGUUGCGUUUGCGAGGGAAGCGUUGAAGUUGCUGAGAGAUGUAAUAACCCAGACUAAGCCGCCAUCUAGCUAA